CGGAAGUAAUGUUCCAUUUCACUCCCACUUGACUCGGCGGGAUUUUAAUGUAAACUAAAACCGUGCCGAAUCUUAGCCAGAGGCUAUCUCAGUGGAACAGAACCUUCGCUGUUUUCUUUGGGCCGUAGUUUGCGAAGAUGACAGAACUGAGGCACCGUGGAGCCACAGACACCGAGGCGACGUUACAAAACCAGCCGUCCGAGGACAAGGGUUCAGACAGUGAGCUGAGAUCAGAGAAAGAUGGCGCAACAGACAGCGACCCCAAAGUGGACAAAAUGGACUCGGGUGUCCCUGAGGUGCCAGUGCCGCCUGAUGACACACCAGAGGUGUUAAAUAAAGCCUUGUCCGGACUCUCCUCAAGAUGGAAGAACUGGUGGGUCCGAGGGAUCCUUACACUUGCCAUGAUUUCCUUCUUCUUCAUCAUCAUCUACCUAGGCCCCAUGGUGCUUAUGAUGAUUGUCCUGUGUGUUCAGAUCAAAUGCUUCCUCGAAAUCAUCACCAUUGGUUACAGCGUUUACCACUCGUAUCAUCUGCCAUGGUUCAGGACAUUGAGUUGGUACUUCCUGCUCUGCGUUAAUUACUUCUUCUACGGUGAGACCGUCACAGAUUACUUCUUCACACUGGUGCAAAGGGAAGAGCCACUUCGUAUCCUCAGCAAAUACCACCGCUUUAUCUCCUUUGCCCUCUACCUCACCGGUUUCUGCAUGUUUGUACUGAGUUUGGUGAAGAAGCACUACCGCCUUCAGUUCUACAUGUUUGGGUGGACUCACGUGACUCUGCUGAUUGUGGUGACACAGUCUCACCUCAUUAUUCACAACCUGUUUGAAGGGAUGAUCUGGUUUAUUGUGCCAAUUUCCUGUGUGAUCUGUAAUGAUAUUAUGGCCUACAUGUUUGGUUUCUUCUUUGGACGUACCCCUCUCAUUAAGCUGUCGCCAAAGAAGACGUGGGAGGGAUUCAUUGGUGGAUUCUUCGCUACCAUUUUGUUUGGCAUCAUGCUCUCUUACGUGAUGGCAGGCUACCGCUACUUCGUAUGUCCAGUCGAGUUCAACAACGAUUCCAACAGUUUCCAGGUGGACUGUGAGCCGCCUGAACUUUUCCAGCUUCAGGACUACACCCUUCCCAGCAUUCUAGAGUCUGUCACUGGAUGGACCACAGUUCGCCUCUAUCCAUUCCAGAUCCACAGCAUCGCUCUGUCCACAUUUGCAUCCAUUGUUGGACCCUUUGGUGGCUUUUUUGCCAGCGGCUUUAAGAGGGCCUUUAAGAUAAAGGAUUUUGCCAACACUAUUCCAGGACACGGUGGCAUAAUGGACCGAUUCGACUGCCAGUACCUCAUGGCCACAUUUGUAAAUGUCUACAUUGCUAGUUUCAUCAGGGGUCCGAACCCAAGCAAGGUGAUCCAGCAGCUCCUGGCCCUUCGCGCCGACCAGCAGCUCUUCAUCUUCAAUUCUCUGAAGGCUCACCUAACAGAGAGAGGCUUGCUGCCUGCGUUGGAGGAGGCGGCCGCCUAGAGUGGUCCACGGCCAGAGUCGGCGCGUUGUGAAGGGAGGCGUCUGGAGACUCUGUGCGUACCUGCUGUGAGAGACUCGCCGCGCUUUUCUGUCAGCAUAAAAAGGAAAAUCAACACAAGGUCACCCUCGGGUCAUUCCAUUUAAUUUAGGUAUGAGUUAUGUGUUGUUCCACGCUAUCUGUGAAUUCCGUUACACAAAUAUUUCUAGGUUCAAUUACUGUACACCUUUCCAUCCAAGCCUUUCAGUCUAUUCCCACUGUGUGUUGAACAAUGUUGGUCUGUUCUACUUUUACACUUGUACACAAUAUUCUCUAUUUACCUUAACUGUGUGUUGAUAUUUUAUUGUGCAUCAUUUUUUUUUUUUUAAUGCA